AUGCCAACAGGGGCUGAAAGCUUUGAUUCAAUAGACGAAUUCAAUGACCUCGACGGCAACGUUAAGAAGCGUAGAAAGGCCAUUAAACAGUGUUUGUUUUGCAGGAAACGUAAACUGAAAUGCGACAAAAAGAAGCCCAUAUGUACAACAUGUCUCUCCAGAGGGAUGAAGGAGUGUGUUUAUGUCGAGAGUUUUGGUCCUGAUAUCUCAACUGAAGAAUUGCUGAAAUCCGCCCCCAACUUGGAACUCCUGAGCAAGAUUAAGGAGCUGGAGGAAGAGUUAAAACUCUACAAAGAGGGACGGCGGCUUCAUUCCGGAGAAGGCAUCAACCCUACGCGCAAUAUUCGAGUUGUGUUGACCAAAGAUGAUAGGAAGAUCUACUACGGCUGUACCAGUUUAAAGGCGAUGUUGGCAAUUAGCAACCUUAAAUUCGACACCUACCACACAAUAGUUUGGGCUAAGAUAAAGGAAGAAAGACGACGGUGGAAGGCUAUUAGUGGGUAUUCUACUCUCAAAGAAGUAACUGCUAUCGAGGUUAAACCAGAGAGCGGCCUUUCUUACCUCGACGCCAUGUGCAGAGGUUUGCCCUUUUACGAACAAAUCGAAGAAUCUUUGCGGGCUUUCUUUUCAAGCUCGAUUUACAAGGGCUUCGAGGUACUGGAUCCUGUGGUUGUUUUCAGGAAUCUUGAGAAUUGUUUUAUAAAGGGCCCAAAGGACCCAAUUACUGAAAUGCAUCCCAUUGUUCAUUUGCGCCCAACUUUUAAGAAGAAUUUCUACCCAAUUGGAAUUAUCACAGAAAUAGUGUCUUUGGUAAACUAUAACCAGCCUAUAUCGCAGCCCCACGACAACUUCGAUAGGUUUCUUCUUUCCUGCUUCACGGCUAAAGUGUUCUUCAUUGAACGCGUACAAUUCAUUUUUCUGAAAAGGCUUGCAAUGAUUACUAAGGGUCUUACUGGUGGUGAUCAUAGCAACGUUUCGUUGAUUACUCAGUCGGUAUUUGCAGCAGCCUUACAAGUGGGCCUGCAUGGAAAUAUAAAAGAGCUCUUCGCCAAUGAUGAAAAUUCUCAUGGUGCAAUAAAAUAUCUGGAAAAUCUAUGGCUGUGGAUUCUAUACGCUGACAUAGAAACUGCAACUGGGUUGGGAACUCCUCCGCACAUCCCAGAAAUACUCAUGGAGUAUGAUUUGAUUGAAGCAGAUAAUUUCGGGACAAAUGCAAUAUUGAGAAGACUGAUAAAACCUCUCAGACAGAUACUUAAUGGCUUACAUGAGAAAGACAAGAUUCCAGAUUUGGAUGCGAUGAGUCAACAAGUUAAAGCAAUUUUAACUUCAGAGUUUAAGCCCGUAGUGUUCUAUAUGGACCGUGAAAAUAUCAAAAAAGUCAAUUUCACCGAACUUGAUCUGUUCCUCGGGCUACUUUCUUGGUUGAGUAUCCUUUCCAACUUGAAGCGAACGUGCUUUGACGACUUCACCCCAGUAGCCAUCAACAACACCUUGCAAUUUUCGGCCCAGAUAUUGUCUAUGUCCAUCACUAUCACCGAGGGGUUCUUUGAUCUAGAUAGAGCAGCUGCGCGAGAAAAUAAGGCUCCUCCAGUGAGAGGAAUUCCCUACAAUCUUCACUUGGCAAUGUUUAUACUGCAGAAACAUUUUCCUCGCUCAAUACCCGAAGUGUAUGUGCUUCUUUCAUCUAUAAGCACGUUUAAAGGCUUUGAUGAUUUGCGAUUUAAGUAUCCGCUUGCUCGAAAAUUUGAUCUGCCAAUGGAUAGCCUUGAGUCUGUUUCAGAUCACUACGUGGGCUUUCAAUGUACCAACGAGUAUUUUGUCAAAGUUCUAAAACGGUGGGAGAGCGAUGAAAACGCGGAUAUGAUUCGCUGCUUGAAGUGCUUUUCGUAUGGUUUCAUUGUUAUCUGUGCGAUUGAAAAGUCAAGUAGAGAUCUGUUUCACCAUUACUUUGUCAACCGUUUACCAAUUUGCUCUGGUACUGACUUGAGUAAUCCAACGGUCAAAGAAAUACUUUUUGCUCAAAAUGAGACAGAUCGUGGUGAUUUAGGUAACUAUGUCGAGGGACUAAGCGAGGAUGUGCUUAAUAAUUUGGCUGAUGACUUUUGGAACAAUUAUGAGACUGAUUUGAAUAGCCUCCUGGCUAAUGAUGUAGAUGAGAUGUACACAUCGUGGUUUUCGGAAGCUAAUGGAAGACAGUGA